GCGGCACCGCCCGGGAAGCUGCGCGAGGCUCGGCAGCCGCCGCCACAUCCUCCUCCUCCUCCGGCUGCACCUCCUCCUCCUCGUUUCCUCCUCCUCCUCCCGGUCCAGGCAGCGAAGCGGGGUUAGGGCCAAGCCGAGGGCUCCGACGGCGCGGACGCAUCGGAGCGCCGAGCUAUGGCGCACCAGACGGGCAUCCACGCCACUGAGGAGCUGAAGGAAUUCUUUGCCAAGGCGCGGGCCGGCUCCAUCCGGCUCAUCAAAGUCGUCAUCGAGGACGAGCAGCUCGUGCUCGGUGCCUCGCAGGAGCCUGUGGGCCGCUGGGACCAGGACUAUGACAGGGCUGUGCUGCCGCUGCUGGACGCCCAGCAGCCCUGCUACCUCCUCUAUCGCCUCGACUCACACAAUGCCCAGGGCUUCGAGUGGCUCUUCCUCGCCUGGUCACCUGAUAAUUCCCCUGUACGGCUGAAGAUGCUGUACGCAGCCACGCGGGCUACAGUGAAAAAGGAGUUCGGGGGUGGCCACAUCAAGGAUGAGCUCUUCGGAACCGUUAAGGAUGACCUUUCCCUUGCUGGGUACCAGAAGCACCUGUCGUCCUGUGCGGCGCCCGCCCCGCUCACCUCGGCCGAAAGGGAGCUGCAACAGAUCCGCAUCGACGAGGUGAAGACUGAGAUCAGCGUGGAAAGCAAGCGCCAGACCCUGCAGGGCCUCGCCUUCCCACUGCAGCCCGAGGCCCAGCGCGCCAUCCAGCAGCUCCGACAGAAAGCCAUCAACUACAUCCAGCUGAAACUGGACCUGGAACGGGAGACCAUUGAGCUGGUACACACGGAGCCCACAGAUGUAGCCCAGCUGCCUGCACGAGUGCCCCGGGACUCUGCCCGAUACCACUUCUUCCUGUACAAGCACACGCAUGAGGGCGACCCCCUGGAGUCUGUGGUUUUCAUCUACUCCAUGCCGGGCUACAAGUGCAGCAUCAAGGAACGCAUGCUGUACUCAAGCUGCAAGAGCCGCCUCCUGGACUCGGUGGAACAGGACUUCCAGCUGCAGAUCUCCAAGAAGAUGGAAAUCGGCGAUGGGGCCGAGCUGACAGCUGAGUUCCUGUAUGACGAGGUGCACCCCAAACAGCAAGCCUUCAAGCAGGCCUUCGCCAAGCCCAAGGGCCCCGGCGGCAAGCGGGGCCACAAGCGCCUCAUCCGCGGCCCUGGCGAGAACGGCGACGACAGCCGUCCCCUGUUGCUGCUGCUGAAGGCUGCGGUGCUGGUUGCAGGUAGGGGCCUGGGGACCCUGCCCCCCUUCCUGCCCUGCGAGCUGCAGCCCCCUGGCCUGGUAAACUGCAACUGGCUGCAGUUGAGAGCUGUCCCCCGCUUCUCGGCAGAGGCACCCCGCAGCAAUGUCACCAGCCUGUCCCUGCUUUUCAACCAUAUCAACUACUUCCACAAUUCUGAUUUUGCACACCUGCCCAACCUGCGGCGCCUCAACCUCAAGUGGAACUGCCCACCGGUCAGCUUCAGUCCCAUCGCCUGCCACCUGAUUAUUGAGCCCAAUACCUUCCUGGCUGUGCCCACCCUGGAGGAACUGAACCUGAGCUACAACAGCAUCCACACGGUGCCCGCCCUGCCCAGCUCCCUCGUGAGCCUGUCAUUGAGCCACACCUGUAUCCUGCAGCUGGACUCGGCCAGCCUGGCUGGCCUGCACGCCCUCCGCUUUCUGUUCCUGGAUGGCAACUGCUACUACAAGAACCCCUGUGAGAAGGCCCUGGAAGUGAUGCCCGGGGCCCUCCAGGGCCUAAGCAACCUUACCCACCUGUCACUAAAGUACAACAACCUUACGCAGGUGCCUCUCCAGCUGCCGCCCAGCCUGCAGUUCUUGUUCUUGUCCUACAACCGCAUUGAACAGUUGGCACCCGAGGACCUGGCCAAGCUGACAGCCCUACGUGUGCUGGAUGUGGGUGGCAAUUGCCGCCGCUGUGACCACGCCUCCAACCCCUGUGUGAAGUGCAGCCGCAGCUCCCUUUCCCUGCAGCCCGCCACCUUCAGCCUCCUGAGCCACCUGGAAAGCCUGGUGUUAAGAGACAGUUCCCUCCACACUCUAGACCCCCAGUGGUUCCAUGGUCUGGGCAACCUCAUGAGGCUGGACCUAAGCGAAAAUUUCCUAUACAACUGCAUCAACGACACCAUGGCCUUCCAGGGCCUGGCCCGACUGCGCCAUCUCAAUCUGUCCUUCAACUACCGUGAGAAGGUGUCCUUUGCCCACCUGCGGCUAACGCCCUCCUUUGCGAGCCUUCUGUCCCUGCGGCAGCUGGACAUAAGUGGCAUCUUCUUCCGCUCACUGGACGCAGGCACGCUCCAGCCACUGCUCCACCUGCCCCACCUCCACAGGCUGCACCUGCAGGCCAACUUCAUCACCCACGCCCAGCUCAACAUCUUCCAGGCCUUCCGGGGUCUACGCUUCGUGAACCUGUCCAACAACCGCAUCAGCGGGGCUUCUAGACCAGUAGCGGCUGCCGUCACGGGGACAGCAGACAAUGGCGAGGACCAGGUUCCACUGCAGUCUGGGUGCUUGGCUCCAACUACCCUGGACACCCAUGACUCUGAGAAUUUUAUGCCCCACUGCAGCGACCUCAACUUCACCCUGGACCUGUCCCGGAACAACCUGGCUAGUGUCCAGCGGGAGACAUUCAUGGGGCUCUCACACCUGCAGUGCCUACGCCUGAGCCACAACUCCAUUGCACAGACACUCGAUGGCUCACAGUUUGUGCUGCUCAAAAGCCUCCGGGUGCUGGACGUGUCCCACAACAAGCUGGACCUCUACCAUGCACGCUCCUUUACGGAGCUGCCUUGCCUGGAAGCUCUGGACCUCAGCCACAAUGGCCAGCCCUUCAGGAUGCAGGGUGUGGGCCACAACCUCAGCUUCGUGGCCCAGCUGCAGCGCCUGCGUGUCCUGAGCCUGGCGCAUAAUGGCAUCCACAGCCGUGUGUCACCGCAGCUCUUCAGUACCUCACUGCAGGCUCUGGACUUCAGCGGCAAUGUCCUCGGCCAGAUGUGGACCGAGGGCAACCUCUACCAGUACUUCUUUCAGGGCCUACAAGGGCUGCUUCGGCUGGAUCUGUCCCAGAACCACCUACACACCCUCCCGUCCAGCAGGUUGGCCAACCUCCCCAAGAGUCUGCGCCUGCUGCGGCUCCGGGACAACCAGCUGGGCUUCUUCAACUGGACAUCCCUAGUCUUCCUGCCCAAUCUGGAAGUCCUAGACCUGGCAGGAAACCAACUGAAGAGCCUGAAAACCAUUAGCCUGCCCAACGGCACCCAGCUCCACACGCUCGAUCUCAGCCGCAACAGGAUCCGUUUUGUGAUACCUGGUUUCUUUGCCCUGGCCCGGGAGUUGCGACAGCUCAACCUCAGCAACAACGCACUUAAGACAAUACAGUCCUCAUGGUUUGGGCCCCUGGCAGGUGCCCUACAAUCACUGGACGUGAGUGCCAACCCCCUGCACUGCACCUGUGGGGCGACAUUCAUGGACUUCCUGCUGGAUGUGCAGAACGCUGUGCCUGGCCUGUCCACCAACGUGAAAUGCGGUAGCCCAAGCCAGGUGCAGGGCCUCAGCAUCUUUGCUCAGGACCUGCGCUUCUGCCAGGAGGAGAUCCUCUCAUUGGCCUGCUUAGGCUGCUCGCUGCUGGCCGUGGUGCUGGGUCUGGCCGUGCCCAUGCUGCACCACCUCUGCGGGUGGAAUCUCUGGUACUGCUCCCACUUGUGCCUGGCCUGGCUCCCGCGGCAGCAGAAGCGGCAGACUGCUGACGCCCUGCCCUACGAUGCUUUUGUGGUCUUCGACAAGGCGGAGAGUGAUGUGGCCGACUGGGUGUACAACGAGCUGAGAAGGCAGCUGGAGGAGUGCCGUGGGCGCCAGGCACUCCGCCUGUGUCUGGAAGAGCGGGACUGGCUGCCCGGCAAGUCGCUCUUCGAGAAUCUGUGGGCCUCGGUCUAUGGCAGUCGCAAGACACUGUUCGUGCUGGCCCACACCGAGCGGCUCAGCGGCCUGCUGCGCACCUGCUUCCUGCUCGCCCAGCAGCGGCUGCUGGAGGACCGCAGGGAUGUGGUGGUGUUGGUGCUCCUGCACCGCCCUGCCCACCGCUCCCGCUACGUGCGGCUGCGCCAACGCCUCUGCCGCCAGAGCGUCCUCUUCUGGCCCCACCAGCCCAAUGGCCAGAGCAGCUUCUGGGCCCAGCUGGGCACGGCCCUGACCAGGGACAAUAGCCGUUUCUAUAACCAGAACUUCUGCCAGGGACCUUCGACUGAAUAGCCCGGGAGCCACAGC